AUGGCCGACUCCCUCCUGAACGGCCACACCCUCCGACCCUCCACCAUCACCGUCGCAAUCGACCCCGUCGCACUAGUAGUAACAGAAUGCAUCACCGUCACCUCCGCUAUGCGCAAGCACGCCCGCUGGGCCCACUCCUCCAUCUCCUCCAUCCUAGGCUCUUCCGCUAGCACCAGCACCACCACCACCACGUCCCGGCCCUCCACCCCCGACAGCCGCGGCCCGAGCAGUGAACGAAGUCGAGCGAGCAGUAAAAUCGAUCUAAUCGAGGAUGACGGGAGUUUGACAUCAAGAUGGGGUCUACGAGGCAAGAAAGGGCAGAGCAUGCAGGAUAACCCUCUCAUGUCAGCCUUCGCCCGACUGCGAGCGGAUCUCAAAGCUUGUAGGGAUAUUCAGGAGUUCGAUACGCCGAGUCUGCUGCAGCCGUUUUUGCAGGUUAUCCGGAGUUCGAGUACGACGGCGCCGAUUACUAGUUUGGCUUUGAUUGCGAUCACGAAGAUGUUGGCUUAUAACAUUAUCAAUCUGCGAUCGCCGGGUUUCGGGCACGGGAUGCAACUACUGGCCUCUACGGUCACGAAUUGCCGCUUCGAAGGGGAUAAUAGUCCGAGCGACGAAGUGGUUUUCCUGCGCAUAUUGAAACUAAUGGAGGAUAUGAUCUGUGGACCCUCCGGCGACGUUCUGGGCGACGCGAGCGUGUGUGAGAUGAUGACCUGCGCACUCUCCAUCUGCUGUCAUUUGCGCAUGAGCGAGGUCUUGCGACGAAGUGCCGAGAUCAGUAUGGUGACCAUGUGUCAAGUCAUCUUCACCCGGCUUAAAGCUUUGGAGAAUGAGGUAGAAGCUAAUGGGCAGCUGGAGGAUGACGUGAAGCAGGAGGAUAUGGAUGCGGCGAAGAUUGAUAGUAAUCCGGACGGCGAACAUGGUCCUACUGCUAUGCAAGCCCUGGCGAAGACGAGCUUGGAGGUUCCGGGCAUCUCGACGGAGAGAGCGAGUGUGGAUGGGAAUGCUAGUCAGUUGGAUCUGAGCAAGCAAACAGAUGGGGAUGAGGUGAAGGAGGUUAGGCCUUAUGGACUUCCUUCUAUACGAGAGUUAUUCCGCGUCCUGGCUGAUCUUCUGGACCCGCACGAUCGAGCUCGAACGGAUACACUACGGGUCAUGGCAUUACGGAUCGUCAAUGUGGCUCUCGAGGUCGCGGGGCCGAGUAUAGCGAACCACCCCAGCCUGGCUUCUUUGGCCAAGGACACUUUAUGUCGCAACCUAUUCCAGCUGGUGCGCUCCGAGAACAUCGCUAUCCUACACGAGUCGCUACGAGUCGCCGGCACCUUACUAGCAACAUGUCGGAGCGUGCUGAAACUCCAACAGGAACUCUUCCUCUCCUACGUAAUCGCAUGUCUACACCCGCGCGUCCCGAUCCCAGACGAGCCAAAUAUCGACCCGAGCAUCUACGCCGGAAUCCCACAGGCUCCAGCCUUGGUGAAGCAGACACCACCCGCUGGCGCAGCACCAGGCAGCGGCCGCAACACCCCCGUGCCCGUGAGAGAUAGACAAAAGUUAGGCCUCGAAGGCGGGAGCCGCAAACCCGAUGCCCGCGAAGCCAUGGUCGAGAGUAUCGGUGCCCUCGUCCGGAUCCCAUCCCUCAUGGUCGAGCUCUUCGUCAACUAUGAUUGCGAGAUCGAUAGGAGCGAUCUCUGUUCUGACAUGGUUGGGCUAUUAGCAAGAAAUGCUUUCCCAGAUAGUGCGACGUGGAGUACUACCAACGUCCCGCCGUUGUGUUUGGAUAGUUUGCUAGGAUAUGUACAGCAGAUCGCCGAACGGCUAGAAGACGAGGAGCGGCAGCCGACAGGGUCAGAAGGUCUCCUUCCGGCGGCGGAGACGUUGAGGAAGCAGCGGGAUCUGAAGAAGGUGAUUAUUCGCGGUGCGACGAAGUUUAAUGAGAGUCCGAAGGCCGGGAUUGCGUUCUUGGCGAGUCAAGGCGUGAUUCGCGAUCCGAAUGAUCCGCAGAGUGUUACUGGUUUUCUUAAGGGCACGACGCGGAUAGAUAAGAGGGUUCUGGGCGAUUUCAUCGCAAAGAAGGGGAAUGAGGCUAUCCUGGAAGCCUUCAUGGGUCAGUUUAACUUCAGUGGGCAGAGGGUCGACGAAGCAUUGCGGCAGGUCCUCAAUACCUUCCGUCUCCCCGGCGAAAGCGCCCUGAUCGAGAGGAUCGUGACGGUAUUUAGCGAAAAGUACAUGGACGCCGUCAAGACGACGGAAGUGGCAGACACGGACGCCUUAUUCGUCCUCACCUACGCCAUCAUCAUGCUCAACACGGACCAAUACAACGCCAACGUCAAACCCGGCGCCCGCAUGAAAGUCGAGGACUUUGCCAAGAAUCUGCGCGGUGUGAACGCGGGCAAGGAUUUCGGGAAGGAGUAUCUACAGGCGAUUUACGAUGCGAUCAAGACACGGGAGAUUGUGUUGCCGGAGGAACACGAUAAUCGGCAUGCCUUUGAGCACGCGUGGAAGGAGUUGUUGGUCAAGACCCAGACGGCGGAGGAUCAGGUGAUUUGUGAGGGUAGUAAGGCGUACGACGCCGAUAUGUUCGCUGCGACCUGGCGGCCCAUCGUGGCGACGUUGAAUUACGUCUUCGUGUCCGCGACGGAGGACGCGGUGUUUCAUCGGGUCAUUGCGGGAUAUAAUCAAGUCGCGCAGAUUGCGGCCACGUAUGGGAUCUCGGAGUGUUUGGACCGGGUGAUUGAGUCGCUGGCGAGGAUGUCGACGUUGGCGUCACGGGUGCCGCCAGAUAUUGGCCUCAAUACGGAGGUGCAGGCGGGGGGGAAGAGUAUUAUGGUUAGUAAAUUCGCCGUGGACUUUGGGAGGGAUAAUAAGGCCGAGUUGGCUACUGUGGUGUUGUUUAAAAUUAUUAAUGGGCAUGAGGGGGCGGUGAGGGAGGGGUGGACGGAUAUUAUCCGCAUCAUUGUCAACCUGUUUAUUAACAGCCUCGUGCCGACAUCUUUCACUUCGAUCUCGCGAGAUCUGGAUUUACCGCCUAUACCGCUGCAAUCACCUGCACAAGUCAUCGAGCGUAACGACAAGGCGGCAGAGGUCGGUUUAUUCAGUGCUUUCACCUCGUAUGUGAGCAGUGUAAUGAACGAUGAGCCACCUGAACCCAACGACCAGGAGAUCGAAGCCACAUUAACGACAGUCGACUGCAUCAACGCCUGCCGCUUCGAGGAAAUACUCGGAAACGUCUCGGAACUAUCAGUCGAGAGUCUCAAAUCCCUAACCACCGCCCUCCUCUCCCAGCUCCCGGAGCAAGACUCCCCCCCAUACCUCACAGUCAAAUCCGAGAUGCCGGCCCCAACACCCAUCCGCGCCAACGGCACAACAACAAAACCCCUCCCCACGGUCCAGGACACCCAACACCCCAUCUACAACCCCGCCGCCGUCUACGUCCUCGAACUCAGCACCAUCCUCGCCCUCCGCGACGAAGAAACCAUCACCGCGCUAGGCGCCUCCGUAGCCGAAGCCCUGCAAGCCGUCGUCCGCGACGCCGAUAGAUUACAUCCCGUCGCCCUCAGCCGCACGGUCUUCUAUCUCCUCGCGUUACUCCGCGCCAGCAACGACCAUAAAUAUAUCCGCACCCCCGUCGUGCUCCACGCUAUUUCGGCUUUCCGGCCAGACGUGCUGAGGGCGUGUGCGCAGCCGAUUUUGAAGGGGAUGUUGGGGUGUAUUUCGGGCCCGGCGGAGUUGAAGAGUGAGAUGGCUUGUUCGCCGGAUUUUUGGGCGGUGUUGCAUGCGCUGGUUGCGGUGGAGGAGGGUGCUGGGUUGGUGUUCCAGAUUGUGGAGGAGGUUGUUAGGGAUGGGAGUGGAGGGAGUGGAGGGAGUGUGGUUAGUGGGGAUAAUUAUGAGGCUUGUGUCGGGUUGUUGAAUCAGUUCGCUACGGCAGGGAGUGUGGGGGCUCGACAGGAGCAAUCGAGGGAUUCGAAAGGGAGGCCGCAGCAGCGUGGGCAGGCUAAGGAGGAGGGUCAGCAGGGGGAGAAGGGGAAGCCGAAGAAGCUAGAGGCUGUGGUGCGCGGGACAAGAGCUUUGACAUUGGUCUCGCAGCUCGCUAGUCGCGUGCCGGCUUUGAUCGAGCAGUCGCAUUUGGAAAUGAAUGAGGCGUGGCGGGCUUAUUGGUCCCCGGUCUUCAGGUGUCUGGCUACGCAGUGCGUGAACCCCUGUCGGGGGAUCCGUCAGCAGGCUUUCACGUCCCUACAGCGCUGUCUACUCUCCUCCGAACUCGCCUCGCCGGAUCAUACCGAGUGGACGAAUAUCUUCAGCGAAGUGCUUUCCCCACUCAUCAACCAGCUUCUCAAGCCCGAAGUCUACCAGACCGACCCCCUAGGUAUGACCGAGACGCGAGUCCAGGCCGCCCAGCUCUUGUGUAAGAUUUUCCUGCAUUAUCUCGUGCUCCUGAGCGAAUGGGAGGGGAUGUUGGACCUCUGGAUCCGGAUCAUGGGGAUCAUGGAUCGGUUGAUGAAUAGUGGGCAGAACGAUAUGCUGGUCGAAGCGAUUCCGGAAUCACUCAAGAAUAUUCUGCUCGUUAUGUCGAGUGAUGAACAUCUUAUGCCGCCGCCUACGAGCGAGGAGGACGAGGAUGAACGCUCGGAACAGCAGGUAGAGUUGUGGACGGAGACGUGGACGAGGUUGGAGAGGUUCUUGCCGGGCCUUUUGCCGGAGUUGUUUCCAAAGGCUGGAAAGGAGGCGAGGGUGAAUCAACUGCCUUCUGCAACUGCAGAGAAGUCUUUGGUCCCGGAUUCGAAAGACGACGAUGCUUCGUCGACUGUAUCAUCACAACCGGCGUCAUCUGUGGCUGCGGAGCCACAGGCUGCAUAG